UGGGCUGGGUGCUUGAUGGACUGUGGCUGGAAAAUGUCCUCCCUGUAGCAGACCCCAUGGUGAUGGUGCCUAUGCCAGCAGGUGUGCCUCAUCUGACCUGACAUGAUAAAGCCAAUCCCCUGCAGCAGCAGCUGCCUCUGGUGGUAGCUGACAAGCUGUCUGCCUGCUGGUGGACUUCAGCUCAUCCCUCCCUCAAGAAGCCAGUCUCAGCUUCAGCCAUAGAGAUGUGAUUGAUGCCAGGUGCUGGUGGUGCUGGUUGCCCCUGGCUUUUUGGGGUCCCCAUGCAGCAGCUGCGGCCUGAGGCAUGCUGCUUGCAUGAGGUCAAGAAUCUGCAAAUUUCCUUGGUGGUAAACGCUGCCACUGCUGCUUUGGGACCAUGCUGCUGUGAAACGUCUCUGCUUUGGACCAUGCGCAUGGAGUCAGAUGAAACAUCUGCUGCUAAGGUCUCGUGAAGCUGAACACAUGCACAGAGCUUGUGCGGCCUGUCCUGGGCUGUUCAUCCAUGGCUGAUGAUGGAGUGAGGUCCUGAUGCCCAAGAAUAUCUCGUGCAUCCUUGCAAGCGCAAGCACUUGACCUUCCUCUUGUGUUGCAUGACUUACUCUCUCUACUCCAGACUGAUAGUCCAUUGGUUUAAGGUGCAGCUUAUGCCACCAUUCAACCUUAGCAGCUUGACUCCAGCAACUUUCAUCUUGGCUGGCAUCCCGGGCAUGGAGAAGUCACACAUCUGGAUCUCAAUCCCCUUCUGCUCCAUGUAUCUGGCUGCCCUGCUGGGAAAUGGUGCCCUGCUGUUUGUUGUGAGGACAGAACAAAGCCUCCACCAGCCCAUGUACCUCUUCUUGUCCAUGCUGGCUGUCACUGACCUGAUGCUGUCAACCACGACUGUGCCCAAGAUGCUGGCUCUGUUCUGGUUCAGUGCAGGGGAGAUCUCCUUCGGUGCCUGCCUGACCCAGAUGUUCUUCCUGCACUUCAGUUUCUCGGCGGAGUCUGUGAUCCUGCUGGCCAUGGCCUUUGACCGGUUUGUGGCCAUCUGCUACCCCCUGCGCUACGCGGCUGUGCUGACGCAGUCAGCUGUUGUCAAAACAGGGCUGGUGGCUUUGCUGAGAAGUUUUUGCAUCAUUUUCCCAUGUGUAUUCCUGCUAAAGCGCCUGCCCUUCUGCGGGCACAACGUCAUCCCGCACACCUACUGCGAGCACAUGGGCAUCGCCCGGCUGGCCUGCGCGGACAUCUCCAUCAAUAUUCUGUAUGGCCUUGCAGUGCCUUUCGCAGCAAUAGUACUAGAUGUUGUGCUCAUUGCUGUCUCCUAUGUCUUAAUCCUACAGGCAUUAUUCAGACUCCUUUCCAGGACUGCCCGACACAAGGCUUUCAAUACCUGUGUGUCUCAUGUUUGUGUUAUAUUUCUUUUCUAUAUUCCUGCUUUUUUCACUAUUUUAACGCACCGCUUUGGUCAGGAAAUCCCGCACCAUGUCCACAUUCUGCUGGCCAACCUGUACGUGCUCUUCCCCCCCCUGCUGAACCCCAUCGUGUAUGGGGUGCGGAUGCAACAGAUAAAAGAGAAGUUCGUGAAAGUGUUUCUCUGCCCCUCAGUUCAUUUUCUGCAAGAAUAAGAACGAGAUGUCACUAUGAGAAAGUAAUGAAUACCUCAGUGGGACUUGAAGCCCACCCAAAUCCUCCCUCUUGGCAACCAUAAAUAUGGAGCACAAUGCAUCCCCUGCAACACUUUCCCUAACAGUUUAUAGAAAAUGUAAGAAAAAGAUAAAAGACAGGCUCUCUAACUGGCUGCAGAGAGAGAAGGAACAAAGAAGGGAGAACCCACCCCAGCAAUGUCACUUGUGGGGAAUCCUCAACAAGCUGGAGGCAGGCAGCUUUCACUGUAGUGUGAUGGUGAGAUCCUCAUCUCAGCUGUCUGCUCUGGAGUCAAGGGACAAAGUGUGUAAUAAACUUGUUCUAAUCACAACUGUCUAAUGGAGUUCAUUACAGGAAUUGCUUUGUUAU